UCUGACAUUGACAACUAUUGCACCAUCAUCAACAACUGAUACAAAAACAACCACUCUGCCUGAAAUCGCAACAACUGUUUACGCAACAACAGAUUUUGCUUCCACAACUACCGCUACAAGAUCCUCAACUGCUGCAACCAAAACUAUGCUUGACACCACAACAGCUGCUGAUGCAACAACAACUUUGGCUUCAAAAACCACCUCUACAACAUCCUCAACUGUAGCACAAUCACUAACAACUCAUGCAACCAUGACAAAUAUAUCUGAUAGCACAACUAUUGAUUCAACAACAACUUUGUCUUUCACAACCACCCCUCCAACAUUAUCAACUGCAGUACCAACCUCAACAAGUGAUGCAGCGAUAUCAACAAUGCCUGACACCACAACAACUAUUGAUGCAAUAACAAUUUUGGAUUCCACAACAUCAUCAACAUUCUCAGCUGCAUCAAAAAUUUUGACCUCUGAUGCAGCAACCAAAACUAUGCUUGACAUCACCACAGCUGCUGAUGCAAUAACAUCUUUGGCUUCCACAACCAACCAUCCAACAUCCUCAACUGUAGCAACAGCAUCAGCAACCACAAAUGUGACAGACAUUGCAACAACUAUUGAAGCAACAUCUAUGGUUUCCACAACCCCCCCUCCAACAUCCUCAACUGCAGUACCAACAUCGACAACUGAUGCACCAGUGUCAACCACUAAUGAAGCAACAACCAUUAUGCCUAACACCACAAAAACUACUGAUGCAACAACAAUUUUGACUUCCACAACAACUCCUCCAGCAUCCUCAACUGUAGAAAAAAUGUUGACAACUGAAACAGCAGCAACAACCAUGUCUGAUACCACCAAAACUACUGAUGCAGAAACAACUUCCACAGCUACCCCUCCAAAGUUAACAAGCCAUCCAACGACAACAACUAUGCCUGACACAGCUAAAAAUAUUUACGCAACAACUUUGGCUUCCAUAACCACCCAUCCAACAUCCUCAAUUGUGGCACCAAUGUCAACAACAAAUGUUGAAUCAACCACAGGUAUGCUUGACACCACAGCAACUACUGGUGUGACAACAACUUUGGCUUCUACAGCCACUCCUCCAGAAUCCUCUACAAUCAAUCCUGCCACAAUUGCUGUGGGUGAAUCCAAAACAACACUUCCAAUGACAGCUGCUGUUAAAACUAAUACGACUUUGGUUUCUGAAACAAUUCUGACUACAAGUCAUCCAAAAACCAUUAUUGUGCCUGAAGAUACAACACUUCCAACAACAACUACAGGUACAGCUUUGGCUAACACAACCACAAUAUUUUCAACUACAGGCCCAACCACUUUAACUGAUGUAUCAUCUACAACUAUGCCUGACACCACAACAGCUAUUGGUGUUACAACAACAUCUUUGGCUAUCCCAAGCAUCCCUCCAGUAUCCUCAACUGUAUCAUCAAUGUUGACAACUGAUUCAGCAACCACAACUAUGCCUGAAACCACAAAUACAACUGGCACAACCCUAAGCAAACAUCCAACAUCUUCUGCUAUUUCAGUCAUUACAAUGUCUGAAAUAAAAACAGUGUUUCCAACAAAUGCUAAUAUGGUUGAGACAACUAGAAAUGUGGUUUCCACAACAACAAACAAUCCUACAACACUUAAUGUUGAAACCACAACAGAUCUUCCAAAUACAGCUACUGGCAAGACAAUAACAACUUUGGACAUAUCUGCAACAUCCGUAACUAUAGAACAAUCUUUGGCUGCUACAACCAUCCCUCCAACAUCAUCAAAUAUGGCACCCAUGUUGACAACUGAUACAACUACAACUGAUACAACUGCAACUUCAUCUGAAACCGCAACAAUACUUUCAGUAACAACAGUUAAUGCAACAAUGACAACUUUGGCUGCCCAAAGUACCCCUCCAGCAUUCUCAUCUGUAGCACCAACAACUAAUGCAACAACAACAACUAUGCCUGAAACAACAACAGUCCUACCAACAACACCUAUUGGUGCAACAACAACUUUGACUACAACAAGCAACCCUCAAACAUCAUCACAUCUAGAACAACUGUUGACAUCUGAUGCAGAAACCACAGCUGUGCCUAAAACAACAGUUCUGGAAACAACAAUUUUGUUUAACUUAAGCACCCCUGCAAAAUCUUCAGUUGCAGCACCAAUGUUGACAACUGAUGCAGCAACCACAACUAUUGGUGCAAGAACAACAAAUAUUGCCAACUCAAGCAUCCCUCAGUCAUUCUCAUCUUCAGCACCCUUAUCGACUCCUGAUUUAACAACCACCACUAUGUUUGAAACAACAACAGUACGUCCAGUAACAACUACUGGUGUAACAACUUUGGCUGGCACAAAUAAACUUCCAGCAGCAACUAUAGGCUUAACAACUCCUGCUCCAACAUGGAAUAAAACAACUCUGAAACCUGUACAACCACCAGAUGUGAUUGGGAGGGUGAUUAUUUACAUUCGGCUCAUAUUUAUUACACGGGGCCCUGUACCAAGUGCUGAAAAAAUAUUACAAUUGGCAAACUCUCUGCUGGCCGAACGUUUCAGAAUUAAACGAGAACUGAGGGCACAAAGCUUAAGUACCCCUGUGAGCUUUGUGAAUGUCACUUACACAAAACUUUCUGAUACGUCAUAUGCCCUGAAUUUUGGAUUUGAAAUCAACAAUGUUACCAUGUCUCAGAAAUUUGAUCUCAGGGACACCACAUAUAAAUUAAUUCAGGACUCUAUCAAUAAAUUGCUGAACGAGAUGCUAACUGAGCCCACAGCCACUCCAUUUGUGUUCAAAGAUACCAAUUUCACGGGUAAUUCCACCACUAUUCAGGCUGAUGUACAGUAUGUUUUCUCAGAAAGCGACUUCCAGAAACCCAGUGCCUUUCUCAAUGCACUUAUUGUGGUUAAUAGUGAGACUAUUACAACAACUACACCUGCUGCAACUAGAACCACCUUUUACUCCACAGUGCUGAGCACUACAAUCACAAAUAACAGCACUAGUGCAGCAUGGGUUGUGGCCAUUAUUGUACCCUGUGCUAUUGCUAUCAUCCUCGUACCUUGCUGGAUUCUCCUUUGUUGUUUGCUGUGUGGUUGCUGUACAGCAUUGAGAAGAAGGUGGUCCAGAAGACGGUCAUACAAUGUACAAUACACCACUCACAGCCUAUUCUAGAGAGCUCAAGACACAUCAGGAAAAUUUUCUAACACUAACUGAUUACUUAUUAUACUAAUCCAAAUUGUGAUGGUGGUACUUUAUAGUUUACAUUUAACUUUCCAUAAUGAUUAUGAUAUCUUACAGCUUUUACAAUACACUAUUUAUUUUAUUGUGCCUGUAUUGCUGGACAGACAGGAUCUUAAAUUGUGAUUAAUGUAAUUUAUUUUCAGAAUUGUUUAAUGGACAAAAAAUGUAAGAUUUCAUUAGACAUUAUUUACAUGUUAUAUAAUAUUUUUGGAUUUCCAAAUAAUUAAUUUAUUUGAUUUUACACAUUUCAUUUUAAGGGGCAAUGUUGGUAAUGUUAAACUUAUUUAUACUUCAUGCACUUUAGUUCCAUGUAACUCCAUGAAAAUCCUUGUGUGCUUUACACACAGUUGUAGAUGUAAAACAGCAGCAAAACCAAUCAACAGUUAUUUUAUCUGCAUAAUUUCAAAUCUUGUUUUUAAUGAUCACUUCUGUUCUGACAAGAUUGUCCUGCAGCUGCUGACAGGAAAUGUUUGUUUUAGUUAGGCAUCACACAAAAAGCUUUUAUUCACCUUUUAAAUCAUAACAACAUUAAUAAAUGUAAGAACAAAUGUAUAUAUAACCAAAUGACAAUGAUCUAGCAGGACCCUGCAUGCAUAAAAAAUAAAAUAAAAUCCUUACACUGUUGAAAAAUACACAAAUUCUGUCUAUUUAGAUUUUUUUUCCCACAUGUAUAUCAUAUUCAUCCACUAUUUUUCCACACAUUUCUAAAUAUAGAAUUUGUUUGCUCACACAGCACAGA